CGGCUGCAAGUUUUAGCUGGAAGAAGACUAGCAUGGUGAGCUGUUCACUUGUUCUCUCAUGUAAACAUGCCGAUGCGGCACUCCAAUUGGUCGCGGCGUCAUCCCAAUUGGACCCUAGUUUGACUCUCGUCAUGCAGGCCGCGGUUAGAGAGCUACUGCCAUCAUUUAUAUCCACCACGGCAUCGUUCCCCCGCCUCCCCCACCGAUCCUCAGAAUUGCGACAAUGAGUGGCGUGGGCGAGAAUCGCUGGCGGAGGUCAGGACAAGGCAAUCCGAAGGACGGACGGCAGCAAGCCUCACCAGCGCCAGGCAACGUGUGGGGCAACAAAGCUACUCAGAGCAACAAGCCUACAGGGCCAGGUCAGGCAGCGCCAGUGGGUGCUCCCAAGGAAGAGCACGUGCCUGUGCGCGAGUUCAAUGCCGUUGAGGUCAGGGAUUAUCUGAAGAAGAAGUACCGUGAAACCGUUGCUGAACACCCGGCGGUAUACCACAAAGUGGAGGGCGACUCUGUCCCUAAGAGAAGUAGUGGCGUGUGGGGUGCCAGAGGCGCCGGCACUUCACACAAAAUGCCCAACGGGCAGAACUUCUUUGACGUGCUCAAGAAGCAACUCGCCAACCUCGACCAGACCAAAUGAUCGCGCACGAUACACCACGCAUACACGGCUUCUGAUUCAGCGGCAUUUCAAGGGCAUUGCGGGCGUUCUGCGGGACGCGGUUCGUCUAUAGUAGGAUGGCUUCUCUGCGGUGAUACGCA